UUUUGUGUGUGAAGCUGUGUGGAAAUCUGAAAUGCUACCAGUCACACCUUUACAGUACAGUGGUGCCCCCUGAUGAAAUAACAGUUAAUUAUAGACACGGCCUUCCCUUUAUAACACUUACUUUGCCAUCCAGAAAAGAACGUUGUCAAUUUGUAGUUAAACCAGCGUUGUCAACAGUUGGCUCAUUCCUUCAGGAUCUCCAAAAUGAAGAUAAAGGUAUCAAAACCGCCACCAUCCUCACAGCAGAUGGCAGCGAGAUGCCAGCUUCAACCUUGAUGCAUAUUUUGCUAAGGAAUGAUUUUAAACUUGUCAUUAAUAAAAUAGCACAUGAUGUGCAGUGCCCCAAGGAAGGAAAGUCGUUAGGAAAGUCGAGUAAUGAGGACACUGCCGAGAUGAAAAAUGUGAAAUCCUUAGUUCACAGACUGUUCACAGUCUUGCAUCUAGAAGAAUCUCAGAAAAAGAGAGAGCAUCAUUUACUGGCGAAAAUUGACCACCUGAAGGAACAGCUGCAGCCUCUGGAACAGGUGAAAGCUAGAAUAGAAGCUCACUCAGAAGCCAAAACCUACGGACUCCUGUGGGCUGGAUUAGCACUGCUGUCUGUUCAGGGUGGGGCACUGGCCUGGCUCACCUGGUGGGUCUACUCCUGGGAUAUCAUGGAACCAGUUACAUACUUCAUCACAUUUGCAAAUUCCAUGGUCUUUUUUGCAUACUUUUUAGUCACUCGGCAGGAUUAUACUUACUCAGCUGUUAAGAGUAGGCAAUUUCUUCAGUUCUUCCACAAGAAAUCAAAGCAGCAGCAUUUUGAUGUGGAGCAGUACAACAAGCUAAAACAAGACCUUGCUAAGGUUACAGCAUCCCUGGAGCAGGCACGCUGUUCUCUCUCUUUGCGAAUCCAAGUAGAAGAACUCAGUGGAAAGAAUUAAUCUUAUGUUUUAAACAUCAUAGGAUGUUUCCAUUAUGUGUUCAUUUUACAACCUAGAAACGACGUUUUCGAGUCCCAUAGUUCAUUUCAAUUUGACUCUUCAAUUGUUUUGUUAAUAAAGUCUUGUAAAACAGAA